UUCAAAUGUGCGGUUUGUAGCUUUUAGAUGCAAACGCACGGCGCUCUGCAAUCCUGAGUUAGCGUGUCGUCUGUGCUGAUAAAGUCUUUUGUGAAGUGGCUGUUUAAUGUUUUAAGGUACGAAUGUAUAUAUCAUUUAUUUAGUUUCUCCCUUUUUUCUUUUCUUUCUGUGUCUGUUAUUAUUGUUAGUCAUCUUCUAUGUUGCAUAUACUGAUGUAUCAGCUUUUUCCUUAAUUAUGUACAAAAGAAAUAAAAACCGUAGAAGAUUUUGACGCUUUUAAAACCUCUGUAGUCGACACGUCUCUGCAGACGGGCGUCCUCCAGCCGGCUGUUAUCAUUCCUGAUUGUUUAUCAGUUUGUUCCCGGCAGAGAGAUACUGAGCUGCCGGCGGCCGAAUAUCAGCCAUGUUGGUGUAAACAGUCCGAUAGAAGACUAUCGGAGAGGUCUGUCUUCUUCUGUCAACACGCAGGAAACUCUCCGAUCCCUCAACUCAACUCGCGCUUUUCCAAAAACAGACAAAACUGUGAAUUUAAUUUACAAAAUUAAAAUACAAUUAAAGGAAAUAACAAUUAAACUUGUGUGUAAAUCAAUCAGCAACUGUUUGACUCUGCUGACGUCGGUGGAGCAUUAAAGACUGCUGUUUACAUCAUUAACUGAUGGAUCUGAUUGGCCGAUCAGCUGCGUCUGUUAUGAUGUCAUCAGAUAUAUGUUUCUUUGUCCUGAUUGUGUUUUAUGUGUCGGACAUUUUGAUACAAAAACAGAAUCAAUAAAUCGGAUCAGAAGAUUAAAAAAACCCAAAAAGAUUAUUUUACUUUACUGUAAUUCUUGUAAAUAAAGUUAAUUUAACAGAACGCGUUUCAUCUUACGCGUCUCUAAAACAACACUUUCUUUUGUUUUUCAUGGUCUUCCUCAGUGUGAGAUGCAGUUGGAAGCUUUCAAAAAAGCUAGUAAGUCGACCUUGAGUUAAGACAGAACAGAGUACAACAGCUGCAGCUGAUCCAGAGUCCUCACUAAGACCAGGAGAGACCACAUCAGUCCAGUUCUCAGAUCUCUACACUGUGUGUCAGAUAACUGACUUUAAAAUGCUGCUGCUGGUUUAGAAAUCACUGACUGGUUUACUGCUGCUCCGUUAUGAAGCGUCCAGACCUCUCAGGUAGUCUGGGAUCAAGUCUGCUUCCUGUCCCCAGAGUCCUGUCCAGACCUCUCAGGUGGUCUGCGGGUGUGCUUCCUGUCCCCAGAGUCCUGUCCAGACCUCUCAGGUGUUCUGGGAUCAGGUCUGCUUCCUGUCCCCAGAGUCCUGUCCAGACCUCUCAGGUGGUCUGCGGGUCUGCUUCCUGUCCCCAGAGUCCUGUCCAGACCUCUCAGGUGGUCUGCGGGUCUGCUUCCUGUCCCCAGAGUCCUGUCCAGACCUCUCAGGUGGUCUGCGGGUCUGCUUCCUGUCCCCAGAGUCCUGUCCAGACCUCUCAGGUGUUCUGGGAUCAGGUCUGCUUCCUGUCCCCAGAGUCCUGUCCAGACCUCUCAGGUGGUCUGCGGGUCUGCUUCCUGUCCCCAGAGUCCUGUCCAGACCUCUCAGGUGGUCUGCGGGUCUGCUUCCUGUCCCCAGAGUCCUGUCCAGACCUCUCAGGUGGUCUGCGGGUCUGCUUCCCGUCCCCAGAGUCCUGUUCAUACCUCUCAGGUGGUCUGCGGGUCUGCUUCCCGUCCCCAGAGUCCCGUGCAGACCUCUCAGGUGGUCUGCGGGUCUGCUUCCCGUCCCCAGAGUCCUGUUCAGACCUCUCAGGUGGUCUGCGGGUCUGCUUCCUGUCCCCAGAGUCCUGUCCAGGCCUCUCAGGUGGUCUGCAGGUGUGCUUCCUGUCCCCAGAGUCCUGUCCAGACCUCUCAGGUGGUCUGCAGGUCUGCUCCGACUCUCAGUUCUUUUAAAUCCGGACUUAAAACGUUUCUGUUCACAUUUUAUUAAAUUAAAUUUGGGACUAUUUCUUCGUAACUCGCAGUGCAGCUGCACUAUGAUCUUUAUUCUACUGUUUAAUCUUUUAUUCGAUUCUAGCUUCUGUUUUUAUUUGACUCUUUUUAAAUAAAAAAAUAACAAAUAAACAACAAUAAAUAAACAACAGUGUCAUCA